AUGUAUAUUUAUCAUAGAUUUUUAACGUUCAUAUCGAGAAGAAUGCGGCAUUUUUUCGUUACAACGCCUAUUUUCUACGUAAAUGCUCCACCUCAUCUUGGUCAUCUUUACACUGCUUUAAUAGCUGAUGCAUCAUAUCGUUGGAAUCUUUUUGAAUGUGGAGGCACUUGCCUGUUUGUAAGUGGAACUGAUGAGCAUGGAACCAAGGUAUAUAAAGCUGCCAAAAAUGCAAAUGUGGAUGUGAAAUCAUACUGCGAUCGCAUUAGCAAGACUUUUGUGGAUCUUCUUGAUCGUUUCAAUAUUCAUCCCACGAAUUUUGUUCGAACUACUGAUAAAACGCAUCAGUUAGCUGUUCAGUAUGUUUGGAAAAAUGGUUUGCUGUCGAAAAAAAUCCAUCAAGGGUGGUAUUCGAUUAUCGAUGAAUGCUUUUAUAAUGAAGAAGACGUAGAGGAACUGAUAAAUAAUAACAACUCUUCAAAAAUAUCAAAAAUAACUCGAUCGCCCGUUGAAUGGGUUCAGGAAGAAAAUUAUGUUUUCACUUUAUCACAGUUUCUCGAACCAAUAAAAAAAUGGUUGAUGCGAGACGGUACCAUCUAUCCUAAAAAUUAUGUGCAUCCUGCCCUGCUUUGUCUGAACGAGGUUAAUGAAGUUUCGGUAUCAAGAGAUAGCAAUCGUGUUCUUUGGGGAAUCGGUGUUCCUGACGAUGAUAGUCAAAAUAUUUACGUUUGGUUAGACGCAUUGAUUAGCUAUUUAUCUGUUACUGGUUUUCCAAACAAAAAAAAUAUAUAUUGGCCACCAUCAUGUCAGUUUAUUGGGAAGGAUAUUUUGAGAUUUCAUGUAAAGCUCUGGCCUGCUGUUCUAAUGGCUCUAAAUUUAGACCUACCAAAACGAAUAUUCGUUCAUGGUCAUUGGCUUAUUAAUAAUAUUAAGUUACGCUUUUCUAUUAUGAUGUCGAAAAGUCUAGGAAACGUUGUGGAUCCUAUAGCCGCUGCUGGUGAUCUUACUUUUGAAGGUCUUAGGUAUUUUCUUUUGCGUCAAGGUACACCAAACGAUCGAGCAAAUUUCGAUAUUUUAACAGCAAAACGCGUUGUGAUGAGUGAUCUUUCCAACAAUAUUGGUAAUUUACUCCAACGUUCCACUGUUAAAAAGAUGAAUCCAAAGCAGGCCUAUCCCUCAUUUGAUCAAGCGAUUCUUGCAUACAAAUUUACAGAUGGUUUAAUAUUCAUAAGGAAACUAAAUAUGUUGCAUGGUAUAAUAUUUUAG